CUAGAGCCAAGAAAUCUUAUCAGAUGGGGAUUUUAUAGCUGCAGUCAUGACAGCGGAAAUGCUUGUGGAGUGAAUUAGGUUAUCAGAUUGAAAAUCAUUUGACGUAAUGCCAACUUUAGCACUUAAACGCUAAUUUUAUUGAAAAUCGUGAUGGAUUGACUCUUGAGUGGCGGUUACCAAUAAUUAUACUAUUGAACUCUCACAAGUAUCAUGCUGUUACGAUAUUGUCACAUGAAAUGGCAUGACUUUGGUUUUUGAUCUUUGGGUUCGGCAUCACGCUGUUGGAUUUCCGGUGGUUGAAUUCAUCCCCUGCUUUACCAAACUUUAUUUUCGAAUUACCUAAAACUAAUUUCUAUCUUUACGAGUCCCGUCUGGCAGCUGUGCAUCGACUGGACGGACUAAGCUUUACAUUAAAUUGUUUCUCGAUUCUAGAGUUUCACUCUACCGACUAUCCUGCUAUGCUGGUUUGCUCAUCGAUCGCAACAUCUAACAUCACACAUUCCUCUACAUCUAACGCUUCAUUGCAAUCCUCCUUGUCCCAAAGUUCUUUCAAACCUCCUAGACAUCCUCAAGAUCCGGUCACCACCAGCACAAAAGGGAGGAACAUCAAAAAAAUCAAAAUGUCUCUCCAAAUCCCCAGCUACGAUCACCCCCGACCAGCUCUUCCUCGACCCCAUCCUCAUCUCACCGAUCACAUUCGCGCAUACGACAUUAUUUCGACAGAAUUCUCCAUUGGCCAACUCAGUCUUGCUAUUACUGCGACUGUGAAACGCAGUCCAUUGUCAAUCUUAUUCUUGAAUCAAACUCCUGAAUUGCAACUCGAAGGCUUGCACAAUGAAUCUGUUUUCAUGCAAGAUUUUGCCACGAGUUUAGAUCCAACUUGUCGGUACACAUUCCUCAAUUACUUGAGUGAGGAAGGAAUGUUGGGUGAAUGGAUGACCAAAGGAGAGCUAAACCCAAGUAUGGAAGAGUGGGCUAAAUAUGUUAGAUGGUGUGUUAAGGUUGUUCGGGAAGAGGGAUGGGUUGAAUUCUCUGAGGGUAGCGUAGAGGAGGUUAAGGAGAGGGGCAAUGGAAGAGCAGCUGAUGUUAUCGUUUCUGGGGAGAUGUUCAAGGCGGAUAGAAUUUUAGACGGAGAAGAGGAUUGUAUGGCUUUCGCAAAUGAGAGCGAGGAAUUAAACAUAGUACAGGCUACAGAUGCGUUGCAAAAUUUGUGCGCUGCAGCUUCAUCUACUGUAAGUUUUUCUCUUUCUUUUUUCGGACUCCGUGGAUAGUGACUAAGAUGUUUUUAACAGAAUCUAGCGGCACUCACAGCACAAAACGAAAAGCUUCUGUCGCUGUACGAAAAGGAUCGAGCAAGCAGAAUGGUCAGAGCAUUGCUGUAGAAUCCAAAGCUGGCUCAAUACUUGUAGUACUAGACGAUAGAUGGCGUUGGGAAACGUGGAAUUUUUGCGCGCAAGCUCUGCUGCCAUGUGUUAAUACCCGUCGAAGUUUUUUUUUUGGGGUUUUUUUUUAUUCUGUUGUAUAUACACUAUUUCGACUUUAUCCCCUAGCUUUAGCAACGAAACGUUUUACUUUUCUGCUUGAUUUCUUCCACAUCCAGCCACGAGCUGCCGAAAAAUCUCGUGUCUGAAGAAGAAAGGAUUUUGCCGAUGUUCCUUUUCAGGAAGUUAGAAAAAG